GAAGGAUGAUUGGUACAGUCGUCAAUAAAUUAGAGUCCUAGACGCUUAUUAAGAUCAAGAUCUAGGGUUUAUAUAUUUUGCGGCGGGCGUCUCCGUUAUCUCUUUCAGUUCCAAUCUUUCCCGUCGGUCGGAAUUUUAUCGCAAUCUGAAUCCCAGAUGGCGUCGGAGAAGAAGCUAUCGAACCCAAUGAGGGACAUAAAAGUGCAGAAGCUGGUGCUCAACAUCUCCGUCGGUGAGAGUGGAGAUCGUCUCACCAGAGCCUCCAAGGUGUUGGAACAAUUGAGUGGCCAGACUCCUGUUUUCUCCAAGGCACGGUAUACUGUUCGUUCUUUCGGUAUCAGACGUAACGAGAAGAUUGCUUGCUACGUUACUGUCAGGGGAGACAAGGCAAUGCAGCUCCUUGAGAGUGGACUCAAGGUUAAAGAGUAUGAGCUCUUGAGAAGAAACUUUAGCGACACUGGUUGCUUCGGUUUUGGUAUUCAGGAGCAUAUUGAUUUGGGUAUUAAGUAUGACCCGUCGACUGGAAUCUACGGUAUGGACUUCUAUGUUGUUCUUGAGCGUCCUGGUUACCGUGUGGCACGUCGUAGAAGAUGCAAGACUCGUGUUGGAAUCCAGCACAGAGUGACUAAAGAUGAUGCUAUGAAAUGGUUUCAAGUGAAAUAUGAAGGAGUCAUUCUCAACAAGUCUCAGAACAUUACUGGCUAAAGAAAUAUUGUCUGAAACAUAUAUGCUCGAACCGGGUUUUCUCAGUUUUGUUUUGUUCUUUAGACAUUUGAAUUUUCUUUAUAGAUAUUGCCUAUCUACAAUGAUUACCAUCAAUAAAUAUGAUUCUACA